AUCCACAAAAUUCCCUCACUAUUUAUUGAUUCAACAAAUCCCCCCAUUCCCAAACUCAUCAUCUCAAACUGAAAAAUGGCACAUUACCAGAACCAGUACAGCGCACAAUCCGGCGCCGACCAGUACGGCAACCCAAUUCGCCAGACCGAUGAAUACGGCAACGUCAUUUCCGACACCGCUCAGCACGGAGACCCUCUUCGCCGGACCGAUGAAUUCCGUGGCACCGACCAGUAUGGCAACCCGAUUCAUCGGACCGAUCAGCACGGUGUCGGUGACCCAACUGGACGCACUACUGGCACUGGAAUGUACGAAGGGCGGCAGCAGCAGCAGCAGCAGAGGGGUGGAAUGUUUCAUCAUGAUAAGCCGGUAUCGACAGGGGGAUCGGUCGGGUACACGACAGCGGAGCAGGGGGAGCGUCACGAGAAGAAAGGGAUGAUGGAGAAGAUUAAGGAGAAGCUGCCGGGAGGGAACCAAUAGGGAGGGUGUGUUCAAUUAGUAGAGAAGAAGCUAAGGGCAUGGCGGCUUGUUAGCUCGUAGAGCUGCCUGUAUGUGACUAAAUAAUGAUAAGGGUCGUCUGUGUCUGUGUGUUAUUAAGUAAUUUAUGUGUUUUUUUGCUGUUUUUUUUUCUACUUCGAACGUGAAAUUAUGAAGUUAUGCUAAUAAUAAUAACAAGAAUCGAACAAUAAAUAGUU